CCCUCGAGCUCUUUCUCCGGAAUUGCUCGCUCCGCUCCCCUUCUUUGGGUUUCCUUGCUGUGCCCAGAAGCAAAGGCGCGGUUUCCCAGAAGCUGCCGGCCGGGAGGCAGCGGCCAAGCGGGUCGGUGAGCGGGGGUGCGCGGUAGGAGGCGUCGGGAAAGGGAAGGGACUCCACUAACUUUUUAACUUAGCCUCCGGGACCCACGGAGACGUUUUUGUCCGAGACCCAGCCCGGCGAGCGUCUCCGGCCUUGAAGGAGGGAACACAACCCUGAGAAGCCGUCCCCCAGGCGACAGAGUCACCGCCCACGCCGCUCGCAGGAAGACCCCGCGCUGCCCGCCACGGCCUCGCGCGCACCAGGCGGCGAGAGACAGACCUCAGAGAUGGGCUUCUUCAGCCUCUCCGGCCUCGCCCUCGUCGCGGCCCUGCUGCUCCUACUUUUGUGCCUGCACGCCCGACGCACCAGGAGACCUGGUGAACCUCCAUUGAUAAAAGGCUGGCUUCCUUUUUUUGGAAUGACCAUGAAGUUCCAAAAGGAUCCCUUAGGUUUCAUAAGAACUCUGCAAAAGAAGUAUGGUGACAUAUUCACUGUUCUUCUUGGGGGCAAGUACAUAACAUUUAUUCUGGACCCUUUCCAGUAUCAGUUAUUGACUAAAUAUCACAAAAAAUUAACUUUUAAAAAAAUUACUGAAAAAUUUUCAGUGAAAGUAUUCUCCAUCAAGAUUCUGGAAAACUCUGAGGACCUAAACCAUGAACUUCACAGCUCCUAUCAAUUUUUGCAAGGCAAAUCAUUGGACAUAAUCCUGGAAGACAUGUUACAAAAUAUAAAACAAACAUUUGAGGUGCUAUUAAAAUCCACAAAAUGGAACACAGAACAAAUGUUAACGUUUUGCUGCUCAGUAGUAUUUGAAACCACAUUUACAACAAUAUAUGGAAACGUUCCUACUGGUGAAAGAAAAGCAUUUAUCAGUGAGCUAAGAGAUAAUAUUUUAAAAUUUGAUGACAAAUUCCCGUACUUAGUGUCUGACAUACCCAUUGAACUUCUACGAGACGUCAAAUCUAUGCGGGAGAAACUUAUAAAAUGCAUGACACCAGAAAAAUUAGCUAAGAUACCAGGAACAUCAAAAGUUGUUCAAAGGAGGCAAGAAAUUCUGGAGAAAUACUAUGGGCUCAAGGACCUUAACAUAGGAGCACAUCAUUUUGCCCUUCUCUGGGCCUCUAUCGCAAAUACUAUUCCAGUUAUGUUCUGGGCAAUGUAUUAUGUUCUCCGGCACCCAGAAGCUGCGGACGCACUGCAUGACGAAAUUGACCAUUUGCUGCAGUCAACAGGUCAAAAGAAAGGGUCUGGAAUUUUCAUCCACCUCACCAGAGAACAAUUGGACAGCCUGGUCUGCCUAGAAAGCAUCGUUUUUGAGGCUCUUCGACUGUCCUCGUAUUCAAGCACUAUUCGUUUUGUUGAAGAGGAUUUUACUCUCAAUUUAGAGACUGGUGACUGCUGUCUGCGAAAGGGAGACUUUGUAGCUCUCUUCCCACCAGCCAUACAUGGUGAUCCUGAAGUCUUUGAAUCUCCAGAGGAGUUUAGAUUUGAUCGUUUUAUGGAAGAUGGUAAGAAGAAAACCACUUUUUACAAAAGAGGGAAAAAGCUGAAGUUUUAUUUAAUACCUUUCGGAUUUGGGGCCAACAAAUGUCCAGGCCGAUUUUUUGCAGUUAUGGAAAUUAAGCUACUGUUGCUUGUAUUAUUAACUUGUUUUGAUUUAGAGCUGAUUGAAAACAAGUCUGUAAAACUAAAGUACACACGAUUGCUUUUUGGUAUUCAGCAUCCAAAUUCAGAUAUUUUAUUUAGAUAUAAAGCAAAAUAUUAGAGAAGCUAAAUGGGAAGAAAAGAAAUCUAUCAAAAAGAAUCUAAAAGUCUUAAACUCCUCUAUUAGUCUUUAAUUUCUGCAAAUGUAAUUGCUUUAUUCUUUUGUUUAAAGACUUCCAGUUAAUAGUUUAUCUAACAUCAAAUUUAGUUUUUACUUGGUCACAAAGCCUAUCAUAAAGCAAAAAAAGAUGUAUGGUAACAUAAAAA